AUGUUGUCAUCUAUUUUUUUUAGUAAUGAAUUAGACUACAAUUAUCUCAUGUAUCCUCUAUUGUGUGUGAUGAUUCAAUGGUAUAUGUCAUUCACAAACAUAUAUAAAGAUAGUAUGUUCCAGCAGAAGACACAGCAAUCUUUUUGCUUUUUCUUCCCUAUACUACAACUCUUCCGACAAAAACCAGAGAAAACUAAACAGAGAUUUUCUUUUAAACUAUAUCAACACAAGCAUACAGAAACAAAAAUGCAAUACAAAAAAACUUUAGCUACCGCUGCCUUGGCUACUUCUGCCAUGGCUGCUUACGUCCCAACUGAACCAUGGUCCACUUUAACCCCAUCUGGCACUUACAGUGGCGGUUUGACUGACUACGCUUCCACCUUCGGUAUUGCCGUCGUUGGAAUCUCCACUCCUGCAGCUAAGGCCACAUCUUCAGUUGCUAAGAGAGACGUAGUUUCCCAAAUUGGUGACGGUCAAAUCCAAGCUGCUACUGCCACCAAGGCUGCUGUCUCUCAAAUAGGUGACGGUCAAAUUCAAGCUGCUAAGACUACUAAGGCUGCUGUCUCUCAAAUAGGUGACGGUCAAAUUCAAGCUGCUAAGACUACUAAGGCUGCUGUUUCCCAAAUUGGUGAUGGUCAAAUCCAAGCUGCCAAAACCACCAAGGCUGCUGUCUCUCAAAUAGGUGACGGUCAAAUUCAAGCUGCUAAGACUACUAAGGCUGCUGUUUCCCAAAUUGGUGAUGGUCAAAUCCAAGCUGCCAAAACCACCAAGGCUGCUGCUUCCCAAAUUGGUGACGGUCAAGUUCAAGCUGCUACUAAGUCUGCUGCUGCUCAAAUCGGUGACGGUCAAGUCACUAGUGGCAAAUCUACUGAUCCUGUCACAGCCGUUUCCUGUAAGGUCGAUGGUACAUUAUCUAUGACCUUAAAGGAUGGUAUACUAACCGAUAGCAGAGGUAGAAUCGGUUCUAUUGUUGCCAACAGACAAUUCCAAUUCGAUGGUCCACCACCACAAGCUGGUGCCAUCUACGCUGCUGGUUGGUCUAUCACACCAGAAGGUAACUUAGCUUUAGGUAACAAUGAUGUCUUCUACCAAUGUCUAUCUGGAGACUUCUACAACUUAUACGACGAAUCAAUUGGUGCUCAAUGUCAUCCAGUUUACUUACAAGCUAUUGACUUGGUAUCCUGUUAA